AAUUUUACUUUCAGUCGUCGCAAUAAGUUAAUGCUAUUUAAAUAUAAAUAGUAAGUCCAACACGUAAUUUUUCACAUGAAGAAAAUCUAAGAUAAAAAAAAUGGACAGAGUGGCACUGUGUAUAAUAUUUAGCUGAAUAUAACAGACCAAACGGAUAAUUGGAAUUUUACCCAGAAUGCUUUGCUAGACCACCCUAUGUUCAUUUUGCAAGUAUGGCGGAUGGUUAAUCAUCGUAACAGCAAAGAUGAUAAGAAUGGAAAACGGGGCAGGAUCAUCUCCACAACAAUUAAACCAACUAAAUGCUGGUUCUAAUGCGAACGUAAAUGCUUUAGGAGGCAAAUUGGAAGAUGACAAUUCAAGAUCGAAGUAUACUAUACCUGGAAUAUUGCAUUUUAUUCAGCAUGAGUGGGCGAGAUUCGAGAUGGAAAGGGCUCAGUGGGAGGUUGAGCGAGCCGAGUUACAGGCGAGAAUAGCAUUCCUUCAAGGAGAACGAAAAGGUCAGGAGAAUCUAAAACACGACUUGGUUCGACGUAUAAAGAUGUUAGAAUAUGCUCUAAAACAAGAGAGGGCCAAGUUUCAUAAAUUAAAGUUUGGAACAGACCCAUCAGGGGAAUUAAAACCACCAACAUUUGAAGGGGAUGAUAUGAGUGAAGAAGAUUCUAUUAUGUCUCCAAAUGCACAAGUUAAUUUUAAGCAAGGAAGGCAGUUACUUAGGCAAUAUUUACAAGAGAUUGGCUACACCGACACAAUUCUAGAUGUCCGAUCAAACCGAGUGCGUUCGUUACUUGGCCUCCAGUCAGGAGAGCAGAACUCAAAUAACCUAGAGGGCGAUGUUUCACCCAUGGAACCACUGGUGAACGGAGAAAGCCCUGCAAAACCAAACAGAUCAGACCCAAACGCAAUUAAAAGGCAAGAUAAAAGAAUACCUGGCCAGUUACCUGAGGGUGUUUUAGAUAAUGUUCUUUCAUCAUUUGAAUUCCUGGGUAGUGAGAACGUUGAGGAAGCAGAGAAUGGGGACAUGGAAGAUGGAGGCACUGCCGAUGACGAGGCAGAUGAAAGAGAAAUGGGAAAGACAAUGGGAACCAUUAUAAAAAGGAAUAAGCCAAUCUUGGGGAAUGAAAGUAUGGUAGAAGAUGUAGUCACGGACCCAGACACGGAGGAAGCGUUGGCCGAGUUUGAUUUCCUUGUAUCAGAAGGCGGUGAAGGUGCUGGAGAAGCUCGGACCAGUGGCGACGGUACUGAUUGGCUAGACAAGAAAUUGGACUGGGGGGUGGACCAGGGCAUGAUCAGUAAGCUCAAAGAAGACUAUAAAAAGGCACGGAAAGGCAAGAAGCCUGUCGUUCGUCCAAAGCGCUCAGCAUUACAGGCUAUGCUGGAGAAUCUAGGUCGGGAGGAGAAUAUUCCCCCACCACCCAGGGGAAAACCAAUUCAAGAUGUAGAUAUCCCAGAAUCUGCAGCUCAAGGGGCAUUUCCAGCUCGUAGACCAAUGGUAGGCAUCGGUGAAGAUGAGGCUAUAGAGACAGCACUAGGGUUAGGUGACCUUGCCAAAUUAACAGUUUCAAAUGAAGCAGACGCCCUCGCCAGUUAUGAUGUGAGUGCUGCAACUAAAGACACAUUCAGGAAAACAUGGAACCCAAAGUAUACCCUAAGGAAUCAUUUUGAUGCAGUACGAACCCUGGCCUUCCACCCGAUAGAACCGGUGCUUAUCACCGGCUCAGAGGACCAUUCUCUCAAGUUAUGGAAUCUAGAUAAGACAGUGCCAGCAAAAAAAACUGCAUCUUUGGAUGUUGAACCAAUCUACACUUUUAGAGGUCACAAGGCAGCAGUGCUGUGUCUAGCAGUCAGCUCCGAUGGGUCAAAGUGCUUCAGUGGUAGUAUGGACUCUACCAUUUGUUGUUGGGGGAUGCCAGAUAUAAACAUGGAUCCAUAUGAUUCAUACGAUAGUAGUAUACUGAAAGAGCCAUUGGUUGCACACACCAAUGCAGUGUGGGAUGUCGCGUUUGAUGCCACGAAAAACCACCUUGUGUCAGCCUCUGCAGAUGGUACCGUCAGGUUAUGGAAUCCACAGCUCAAGUCCCCACUUCUAAAUACGUAUAUUGGAGAAAGUGCUUAUGGUGUACCGACGUCUGUUGAUUUUGUUCGCUGUGACCCAUGUCAAGUUAUAGUUGGUUACAAAUCCUCCGAUGCGGUAAUCUAUGACCUGGAGACAGCAACACCCAUUAUCACACUGGAAAGCAAGUUAACAUCAGAAUGUGAUGGUUCAACGCAGAUUAACUGUGCAAUCAGUCACCCAACGCUACCUAUUACAAUUACUGCACAUGAAGACCGCCACAUUCGAUUCUUUGAUAACAACACAGGUAAAAUGGAACACAGUAUGGUUGCCCAUCUGGAUGCUGUCACCAGUCUGGCCAUUGAUCCCAAUGGCUUAUAUCUCCUGUCGGGAAGCCAUGAUUGCUCUAUAAGACUGUGGAACCUAGAAAGCAAAACGUGUGUCCAAGAGAUAACCUCACAUCGAAAGAAAUUUGAUGAAGCUAUAUACUCCGUAGCCUUUCACCCUAGCAAACCCUACAUUGCAAGUGGGGGCGCCGAUGCUUUGGCCAAAGUAUUUGUAUGAUGUAGACUGUUGUAAUUUGGAGCCAGUAACCAUGUGGAUAUUAUCAGGUGGCUGUAUGCAGAUUGUGUUUCCAUGGUGGAUAUAUCCAAUGUGGAUGUCCUCUCAGAAGGAAGAUUCCAUUUGCAAAUACAAGUCAUACCCUGAAAGAAUAUGUGAUGGACCAUUCCUCCAGUGAUGUAGAUUCUGGUUACACCUCUGUGUUUCUUUGUGUUAUAGUCACACUUGCGUGUGUAAAAACAUGUAUGUGCGUUAAUAUUAAUAAAUACAUGCGCAUAGAUGUAUUCUAACUACUGUAGAAGCCAUCCAUGCUUUGGAGCUGUUAUUAGGGUAUGUGUACAUUAAGACAUUGAUAUUGCACCCUAAGGACCGAACCCCGCUUCACGGUUGAAAACCUGGAGCGCAGAUUGUACAUCAAAACAUUGAGUAGUGAAUUUUUAUCUGAAUAUGUGAUGCUUCAAAACCUGAAGAGGUUUCUCUUGGUUUAAUUUUUGUAUGAUUUCACCAACUAAAUUUAAAUGUUUAUUAUAUAAAGACUGAUGUAAUUGUUUGACAAGAAAUAGUGAUAAAUGAAGAAAGUGUCAAUGCUUUCUGUUUUUCCAUUUGUAAUUGUAGCAAAUAUAUAUUGUGUAUGCCUGGAUAAUUUAUUUAACUAACUAGCUGUAUAGUUUUGCCAAUUGCAUUUUAAACUUUUGUUUUAUUGAAUUGAAACUCAAUUGCUUCAAUGCUCCAAUGCAACUGUGGGGCUAAAUCAAAAUUAUCUAAUAUAUUUCAAUUAUCUUACUGUAAUUACCUUAAACUAUUAUUAUUAUUAUUAUUAUUAUUAUUAUUAUUAUUAUUAUUAUUAUUAUUAUAACUGUUAUUGUUAUUGUCCUUAU